ACGAAGAAGGCGACGCUGGAGCAGCUAGAGCGACUUUGCGCCGACAGGAAGGACGACGAGCUGCAGCUCGCCUUGAAGCAGAGCCGCUUCGAGGACCUGCGCGCGUUCCUCGGCGCACUGGGCGUCAAGGUGCGCUCCAAAGCGUACGCGGGGUACCGCAACAAGGAGGAUCACGUGCAGCUGCUGACGGAGGUGCUGCAGCGGAAGGUGGCG